GUUCAUCUAAGCAGCAGUCAUGGCUGCAACAGGGGAGAAUUUGCUUUCUGUUGAGCAUCUUACCUGCAUGGAGCAAAAUAUUUUCGCCAAACAAAAAGAGGUCUUUAUAAAGGAAAGCAGAGGGAUGCAACUUCAGCAGCAUCUGCAGGAGCUGAAGAAGAGAGAGUGCAAAGCCCGACAGCACAACAGGCAGCUGCUACUGCAGUUUGAGAGAGCCCAGGAUACACUGAAAGAAAUGCUGGCCCACAUCGCUGCCAUGAAAAUUAUACAGAUUGAGUAUGAGAGGUACCUAGAGGAAAACAUCCACCGCUGGCAGCAACAACUCCAGGAGAGAAAACAGGCCUCUCAGAAGAAGUUUUUUCCUGAACAGAGGAUGGAAGACUCUUUGAAGUCAUACCUACAACACAAUAAACAUGAAGUGUCAACAGGAACCCUUGACGAGCCUUUAAUUUCACAGGAUCCUUCCAUAAGGUCUCCAAAAUGUAAUGCUCCAGCGUAUCCCACUGAAGACAAUUCUGCUUAUGGCCAAGAUAAUUCCUCCUAUUAUCCCCAUCCAGAGUCCUCCUGGCUGACCCAAGCAUACAUGCUUCCAGGUUACCUCAGAGCGCCUUUUCAAUCCCAGAGUCCCUCACUGUUCCCUCCACCCAACUUCCCAUAUUCUCACCCACCUCUGCUGCAACACAUCACCUCCCCACUUGCUCAUCAUCAGCCGUGGGCCAGGCCUAAAGCUGCAGGCCCGGCUCCUCCACAGUACGAUAACCUCUGUAUUGAUGGGAUCCCUCACGGUUCUUCAGGCCAGCUCCACACAGAGGAGCCUUCUGCAUUGAGGGUUACUCAAACUUUGGAGGAGGAAGAUGAGACAAGCGUAGUGAUUUCAAAGAGGGUGAGAAGUUGUCAAGGCAGAAGAUGUUUGUCCUCUGAACUCGACGUUAAACCAGUUCGUCUCUCCAGUGGACAUGUAGAAAGCAGUGAAAGCAGCAGAGAUUCCAGUUUGACCAGCAGAGAAAAGAAGAAGAGAGAGAAGAAAGGAAGAACAAAGCCUUCAUCAUCAGAGUCAGAAAGAUGUGGUUCUCAGAAGUCAUCCAGGAGUGAGAUUGUCGCUGCCUUUUGCCCAGUCGCCCUGGGCUCAGAAACAAACAGCUCCUCUGAGGAGGGAGACAAAACAAAAAGCAGGAGGAGGACAAAGCGAGGCAGGGGGUUUAACAGGAGUGAAGAAGAUGAGAAGACUGACUGCUUGGGUGAAAAAGUGAGAAGUCCAGGUCAAGACAAUGGAUCAGAGAUUUGUAGAGGAGACGAUGGAUCAGGCAGUGAUGUAAUAAAAAGUGAAAAUAGAGGUGAAGAGAUGGCUGAUGAGGAAGUUAACAGCUCUGAGCAAAGCAACACAGAAGAACGGGAUGAAGAAGAAGGAAAGAAAAAUACAGGAUCUGGAGAUGAAAAAACAGAGAACAAGUUGAAAAGUGAAGAUGGUGAUGUGGAGGAAGACAAGGAGAAUAAUGAGGUUUCUCCCAGUAGGAAUCAAAAAGAGCAAGAGGACAUGGAGGACGAGGAAAAAGAUGAAGAGCAGUCAGACAAGCUGGAGAAUGAUGACAGAGAGAAAAGGAAGCAGGAUUCUGCCUCCUCGCAGAAUGGAGAUGAGGAUGAGAGCGAAGGCAGCGAGAAGAUAGAAGAGGAUGAGGAGGGGUCCAACGAAGAGGAAGACCAACUCAGGAGUGAUGAAGCAGAAGAUUCAGAGGACAGCAUCAUCUUUCCACAGGAAAAUAGGUCCAAACAGAUGAAGAAUACUCCAGAGGAAGCAGCUGAAGAUGAGGAAGAGAAUGAAGCUCAGUCUUCAAACAAUAACUCAGAAGAAUCAAGCGAUGAAGAAAAUAUUGAGAAUCUCCUCGCACCUCGAGAGCCAACAAACAAAAAAGACAAAACUGAGGGAAAACCCAAAGCGAUAUGUCUCAACUUAGGCAUCUUCCAAGUGGCGGAGGACAAAGCAAAGACAGACCAGAAAAAUGACUCAGAUGAGUUUGAUCACUUUUAUGACUGAACGAGACACAUUGGAUACCAUUAAAUUCCUCAAAAUAGCAACUAUACUGCAGAGAGAGUUGAUAGCAUUGAGUUCUUUGGAGGCCAGAUCUCUGAUAACAUCACCAGGUUGGACAACACCGACAGGUUCAUGAAACUAGCCCAGCAGAGACUGAACUCUGAGGAACCUGAGGACAACGUCCCUCCUUACAAGCACCCUCAACAUUCAGCUGAGCUGUGGUUCACAGUGCUGAUGUUCUGCAUGUCAGCAGACAACAAGAGAGCCCUGCAGAGGAUGGUGAUGGGAGCUGAGAAGGUCAUUGGAGUGUCCCUGCACUGUCUAGGAUCUGUUUCAAGGACAGGUCUCUGAACUGUGUCUGAGACACCUCUACCAUGAAUGUUUUAAACUGCUGCUUUUUUUUCUCAGGCCAUAAAAGCACUGAACUGCUGUUAGCAUUAAGCAUUUAAUAUUAUUGCACUAAUAUUAAAGGUGCAUCUCAAUAAAUUUUAUAAUUUAAAGGGA